UUCAAAAGUCUGUAUCCGAGUUCAGCGGAGAAACAAUCGCGGUGACUUGGCGGUGUGGUGCAUCUUCUCUGCUGCUCGUUCUGGUUCUGGCUGGCGCUCCUGUUAGCUCGCAACGAGGAGACUGAAGUGACAUUUACGUUAAUUAAUUCAUCCACAACAACAAUGGCAGCACAUGAAUUUAAUUUCUUGCUGGCAACCGAUUCCUACAAGAUCACACACUACAACCAGUAUCCGCCAAAUGUCACCAACAUCUACUCCUACUUUGAAUGCAGACGCAAGAAAGGCUCCCAGUUCAAUGAAGUGGUGUUCUUCGGCCUUCAGUAUCUGUUGAAGAAGUACCUCAUAGGCCAGGUGGUCACAGAGCAAAAGAUACAGGAAGCCAAGCUCUUCUACCAGAUGCACUUCAAACAGGCUGUGUUCAAUGAGGAAAGCUGGAGGAAGAUCCUCGAGAAACAUGAUGGCCGUCUUCCUAUCCGAAUCAAAGCCGUCCCCGAGGGAAGGAUUAUACCCAGAGGCAACGUGCUCUUUACUGUGGAAAACACUGAUCCUGACUUCUACUGGCUCACCAACUACAUUGAGACCAUGCUGGUCCAGAUGUGGUAUCCCAUCACUGUAGCCACCAUAUCCAGGGAGUUUAAGAAGAUCCUAGCCAAGCACCUGAAGGCCACCUCUGGGAGCCUGGAAGGUCUGGACCUGAAACUGCACGACUUUGGCUACAGAGGAGUCUCCUCACAAGAGUCGGCAGCAUUAGGCGGAGCAGCUCACCUGGUUAAUUUCUGCAGCACGGACACAGUAGCUGGGCUGCUGAUGGCUCAGCGAUACUAUGGUUGCCCGAUGGCUGGCUUCUCCGUCCCAGCAGCAGAGCACAGUACCAUCAUCUCCUGGGGAAGGAGCAGGGAGAAGGAGGCGUUUGAACAAGUCCUUGAGCAGUUCCCCUCUGGGCCCGUGUCGGUGGUCAGCGACAGCUACGACAUCUUUAACGCCUGUAAGAACAUCUGGGGAGACAAGCUGAAGGAGCGAGUCAUGGAGCGCGGCCAGGACUCGUGUCUGAUCAUCCGGCCGGACUCUGGAGACCCCGCAGAGACUCUGAUUGAGAUCAUCAAGAUUUUGGAGGAGUGUUUUGGCUCUUCUCUGAACUCCAUGGGAUACAAGGUUCUGCCCCCUUACCUGCGACUCAUUCAAGGAGACGGCAUUGACCUCAGCUCAGUGGAUGAGAUUCUUCGGAAGCUGGAGGAUGAAGGCUGGAGUGCUGAGAACUUCUUCUUUGGGUGCGGCAGCGCUUUGCUGCAGAAACUCAACAGAGACACCCUCAACUGUGCCUUCAAGUGCAGCUACGUGGAGAGUAAUGGCAAGGGGGUGGACGUGUACAAGCUGCCGGUGACCGACCCGUCCAAAGGGUCAAAGAGGGGUCGAUUAUCUCUGAGGAGAAACACUGAUGGCUUAUUGGAGACGAUAGAGAGCGGGGCAGGCAAGCCUGAGGAGGACCUGCUGGUGACUGUUUUCGAGAAUGGCAGCCUUGUCCAGGACUACUCCCUGGAGGAGAUCAGGAAUAACGCUCGCCUGAAUGACGAGGAGGUGAACCCCACCCUGCACAACCAUGAGCAGGAGCUGCUGCACAAUCGCAUCAUUAAUGGGGUUCAUUAAAGCAACCACAAAGCCUCGCACAAUGCAAACAACACUUCAGUUUUAUACUAGGAGGAAAGGCUCUCGGGUAUAAGUCUAAACCUAUUGAAUAUAUUAGUCUGAACAUAUUAAAGGGGAGAGAAAUGCUAUUUUUUUAUAACCUAAACAAAAAAAUGAAGAGUUUUAUCAUUCGAAGUAAUCAUCAGGGAUGGGUUACACUUGCUAGUGCUUGUAUACAAUAUUGAAUUUAAGGUCAUGUCCAGCUCAAACAUUACUUUCAUAAAGACUUCAACUUCAUUGUCAAUCAGCUUUUUAAGAGAAACAUAUCUCCUCCUGGAGUUGCCAUGUGAAACAAAAAGUCAACAUUGACGUAUUUUUAUUCAUCAGCAUAUGAAAUAACAUUAACUUGUUAUUCUAUGCCAAACCAUGAUGUGUGUCACCAAGUCAUUUUGUUUCGCUUUGUUUCAAUUUACAACAUCAAUGUUUAAGACUGGGGAGAAAAUUAGUUUCCCUUGUAACCGAGGUACGAAAGCAGUUUAUUUAGUAGGAUACAGGGUUUCAUUGUCGGCAGACUAAUAUAUUGCUGCAGCCCAGCCCCAUGUUCUGCCUUUUUUUACUUUGUUUCGUGUAAGAAACACAAUCCGUAGAAAUGUACAAAUGAAGACAUAACACUGACCAGGAGUACAGAAGGAGCCCAUUGCUCUGCAACAGUUUGGACAAUAAGUAAGCCAUACCUGUACUUUGAAGCUCUUGUUUCAUAAUCAAAUUCACUUUUCUUGACUGAUUUGGUCGACGCCCUCUCUAUCGCAAGCUAAUCACGUGCCCUCUGGCUCUCGAGCUAGCAAGCUCAACAACUGCUACCAAAUGUAGCCAGAGCAGCAACAAUGCUAACGUUGCAAUAAGUCAGAAAAACACAGGCGGCUGUAGAUUAACAGUCACUAACCCUAAAGCUUAGCUUGGAUGCUACCUAGCUAGCAUUGUUGUUGCAGGUGCUGACCAUUGAUGUCGCUAACUGACUAAUUCUGAGACUCCUUUCUUAAGUGAUAGUGGUCAUGUGAUUGGCUGAAAGGUGAGCCGGAGCUACGUUAUUAGUUAGAAUAUUUUUGUAAUUGACAUAAAUCGUUGCAAAUUACAAACCGUUAAUGUGAUGAUGCUUUUGUUUUUAACAUCAAGAAAGGUGGCAUUUCAUUUUUUAAGUCUACACACUUUGCUUGUGCAGAUAAGCCUUGGUAGAAAGACGGAACAUUAAAGGUACUAAAUUCUGAGCGUGGCUACAUUUGAGGGAUUACCUCCAAACAGCUCAACAUGGCAAACAGAAUAGUUGUUGUUUUUAUCGUCUUCUCCAAAAAAUAAAUGAAAAAAACGACAGACUCUAUUGGUCAGAGGCCUGAUCAGUAAAAUACUGGACCUCAAAUGCAAAAGGAUUGCUGUGACAACAUUUAUAUCACAGUAUGUUGGCAACCUUUCCCCUUAAAUAUAUUUUUUCAUCUGUGUUGCAUGAAGGAAAUAAUUGAAAGGAUUUACAGACUCUAAUAUCAGUCUGUAGCGUUAGUUAAAGCUAUUUUCUCACUCAUACAUAGCCAUUAAACAGAAAAUAUAAAGCAAUCGAAUAAGACCGUGAGAUGGCUUGUGGUGUAACGUUACCAUAACAGCGGUGCAGAAAUAUUUUUUCAUCACAUGGGAAAUAAAUAAAUAAACAUUAAGUAAAUCUAUUUUAUACUAUCAGAAUAUUGUCCUGAUAUAUCGUGCUUUGGUGGGGCCAAAAAGUAAACGGUACAUGGUGCUAUUUUGACAAAGUAAAACAUAAAUACUUCCACACUGAUUUCCGGGGGUGUACACGGUUUGAUCGUGCUCAUCCAUACCGACAACAAGUCGCCGCACAUUAUGCAAAUCAACAUAUUUUUGUAAUCUAUGCCAUUGAUCAUGCUGAAGAAUUGUCCCUGUCCUAACUAACGGGCACGUACUGCCGGCCUGGCUUUGGUAAACAAAGGACAGAGAAGCUUGUAUCACAGCACACAGAGGGAGGGCUUUCUUUCUCUACUCAGGUAGACAUUACACCACUGUGUCUUCAUAGAGACACAUGUGGUUUCAUGCUGUACUAAUGCUCAUAAUUUCACAACAUGGCACCUUUUUUAAACUUUAUUUAAUUGAUUGCAGAUUUGUUAUUGUGCCCUGCUAAAAUGAGUGCAUUCUGAAACGAUCUACUGGAUGUCAGAUAGAAUUUAGAAUCGCAGUAUUAAAGAUAUUGGAUCUCGAUCUGUGGGACAGGUCCUGGUUAAGAGGAGGUUUACUUUGAGGUCAGCUUUGAUUGGCUGGCUGGUGAACCAUAGUUGACUUAUGGGCUUUCAAGGAAACAUUCACUAAUAUUCUCCAUCACAUCAUUAGGUAUUUCAGAACUAACCUUCCUUGUUUAGUUAGUAUUUUAUUUUCAUUCCAAAUCACUGGGUCGGGACCUGCAAGUGGGUCGCAGGAGGUUCUAUUUGAGUCGCCAAUUGGCAGAAUGCAACAAUGUCCACAGUGCCUGUUUGAGCCUCAUGAGGGAGCCAUAGUUUUUGAAUAGCUCAGAUAAUUGUCAUCUACUGAUGGCCUUUCAUAUUUGAUUCAAAAUUAACGUUCAUUGCGAUUGCUUAGCUGAUGGGAGGAAAUUCAAAAUGAUUCUGUUUACUAAACUAACUAAAUGCAUUUAUUUCACACGCUUCUAUAAAUCAUAUUUGUGAUUUAUCAGACAUGUACCUCAACUAAAUGGCUGGUUUACUUUUUCUAAAAAUAUAAGGUGAUGUUGAAAUAGCAUUAACGAUGGUUGGGGACCUCAGUAAAGAAGUGUAUCAUGUGACUACCUGCCUUAAGCAACUUGCUGUAUAAUGUCGAAUAAAAUUGGAAUUGGAUUGUUUGUUUUUGGCAGGUAGCAAUGUAAUGCUGCCGGCUUUUAUCACAACAGAUAGAAGUGACCGAUGUAAAGUCCAGCUAGAAUAUCUAUGCAUUCAACACAUGACUCCAAAGAUACUGCUUGUAUUUUAUUUGUUUCAUUCUCUGCUCUUUAGGGACAGUUCUUCAUCAUUUAUGAUCCUUCUCAAUUUCUUGUUAGGCCCAAUAUUUCCUCUUAACAUGUUUCUUUUCAAUAAUCACUGGUAUGUUUUGUUUCAGACUGCUUGCGUUCGAUUUUCUUGCUGAUGACCUACAGACUUAUUGGGAUUACCUGCUGUGUAGCAUCAGCACACAUUUAUUUAAUUGUAUUUUGUAAAUAUGCUUUUGAAAAUGAUUCGCUUUGUAACUUAUCUUUAUCUUUUAAUAUGUUCUGAAUCUUUAAUUGCAUUUGUUUUUAAGAACCAACCUUUUUGUAAGAUUAAAACAACAGUAACACAAUCAAA